AUGUUCCUCCAGUCAUCUUACACAGUAUGUUCCUCCAGUCAUCUUACACAAUAUGUUCCUCCAGUCAUCUUACACAGUAUGUUCCUCCAGUCAUCUUACACAAUAUGUUCCUCCAGUCAUCUUACACAAUAUGUUCCUCCAUUCAUCUUACACAAUAUGUUCCUCCAGUCAUCUUACACAAUAUGUUCCUCCAUUCAUCUUACACAAAAUGUUCCUCCAGUCAUCUUACACAAUAUGUUCCUCCAUUCAUCUUACACAAUAUGUUCCUCCAGUCAUCUUACACAAUAUGUUCAUCCAUUCAUCUUACACAGUAUGUUCCUCCAGUCAUCUUACACAAAAUGUCCCUCCAGUCAUCUUACACAAUAUGUUCAUCCAUUCAUCUUACACAGUAUGUUCCUCCAUUCAUCUUACACAAUAUGUUCCUCCAGUCAUCUUACACAAUAUGUUCAUCCAUUCAUCUUACACAAUAUGUUCCUCCAGUCAUCUUACACAAUAUGUUCAUCCAUUCAUCUUACACAAUAUGUUCCUCCAGUCAUCUUACACAAUAUGUUCCUCCAUUCAUCUUACACAAUAUGUUCCUCCAGUCAUCUUACACAAUACGUUAAUCCAUUCAUCUUACACAAUAUGUUCCUCCAGUCAUCUUACACAAAAUUUUUCUCCAGUCAUCUUACACAAUAUGUUCCUCCAUUCAUCUUACACAAUAUGUUCAUCCAUUCAUCUUACACAGUAUGUUCCUCCAUUCAUCUUACACAAAAUGUUCCUCCAGUCAUCUUACACAAAAUGUUCAUCCAUUCAUCUUACACAAUAUGUUCCUCCAGUCAUCUUACACAGUAUGUUCCUCCAGUCAUCUUACACAGUAUGUUCCUCCAUUCAUCUUACACAAUAUGUUUCUCCAGUCAUCUUACACAGUAUGUUCCUCCAGUCAUCUUACACAGUAUGUUCAUCCAGUCAUCUUACACAAUAUGUUCAUCCAGUCAUCUUACACAAUAUGUUCAUCCAGUCAUCUUACACAAUAUGUUCAUCCAGUCAUCUUACACAAUAUGUUCAUCCAGUCAUCUUACACAAUAUGUUCAUCCAGUCAUCUUACACAUUAUGUUCCUCCAGUCAUCUUACACAGUAUGUUCCUCCAUUCAUCUUACACAAUAUGUUCCUCCAGUCAUCUUACACAGUAUGUUCCUCUAG